AUGGUGCGGGCCGCCGCCCUGCUCGAGGUCCUGGGCGAGGACACGCCCAGCCUCGGUGGCUGGGGCGAGGACCGCUGCAGCAUCACGGUCUGCCGCUGGGACCCGCUGGCCGGGUGCAUCAGCCUCCGGCCAGGCGACAUCCAGGUGUUCCGCUUCGCGAGCUGCAGCAGCCCCUCGCCCCUGGGGCCCGCGCUGGAGCCGGAGGUGCCCUCCGAGGCCGAGGGCGGCCCGGAGCCCGCCGGGGGCGCCGACGUGCCCGACGGCACGGUCACCGUGCGCGAGGUGCGCGCGGCCGUGGCCGGGGCGUGGGCCCUGCCGGACCCGUCGGCGCUCGCGCUCGUGGCCCUGACGGGUGCGCAGGCCGCGGCCCAGCUGCCCGAGGACGUGCAGACGCUGCAGAUGUGCGGCGUGGUGCCCGGUGACAUCCUGAUCGCGGAGGUGAAGGCCUCGGACGAGGCCUCUGGACCCUGUGGCUCCCCCGGGGCUGCCCUGGGCUCUGUGGCUCUGUACGACCAGGUCGCGUCCGGCACCCACGUCGAGGAGGUCUGGGAGCUACAGCGCCGGUACACCGUGCUGAGCGCGAGCUGGCGCGCGCCCUUCAUGCCCCACGACGGCCCCGCGAAGCUGCGGUGGGUCUGCCGAGAGGGCUACGGCCAGCACCCCUGGAUGGCGGACUCCAAGGAGCAGCCCGCGGCGCAGCCCACGCCCCCGCUGGUGCCCCCAGAGGGCUACUUUGGCUGCGGCUGGGCCGUCGUGGAGCCCCCCGGCGACUGCGACAGGGACGGCUGGCAGUACGCGUUCGACUUCUACGAGGAGGACGACGCGUGGCGUGCGGAGGCGGGCCUGUACCUGUGCCGGCGCAGGCUGUGGCGGUGCACCUUCGUGCGAUGA